AUGCCUCAAGUGUCUCCAUGGAAACAACGAAGCGACGGCCUCUGGAGUCGGCCGCUCAUCGGCCCUGAGCGUAUGUUCGACCAGUGGCUCGAGAUCGACGGCUGGACUGAAUGGAUGGGCGCAGUCAUCUUCACACUCGCUCCGUCUUACGCGUCUCAUAUGAACAGCAAUGCCCAUGUUGAGACGUGGUUCAGGAAAGCAGUAUCGUGCGUUUGCCUUGAGAAGUCUUCCCUCCUGGCAGUCAUUGAGCGUGGCCAAGAAGAGUCGGCAGUCGCAAAGUCUCGAGACUUCGUCUACCGCCCUCUCAUAUCAGAUGAUGACUUUUCUGAGAGGAUUAAGCAGAGGACCACCGUUCUGUAUACCGAAAAGUCGGCUCAGGAGGGCUUGAAGUUACUCACAGACGACUUCUACUCGACUCCAGAGAAACGCAUCAGCCUCGAGCUCGGAGACCAUUUGAUCCACAUAUCCUUUGUUUCUUCGUCCUCCGAGGCGGGGACUUUUGCCCUUGCAAUUCGCUACAACCAUGCAUUGAACGAUUUCUGGAGUGGUGCGGCUAUCCUCAACAAUAUUCUUAGCAAACUCGCAGACGGCUUGAGCACUACCCAAGUACUAUCGCUUUCAUACAAAGAUGCGUCUCACUCUUCUCUACACCCUUGCUAUCUCGACUUUCUCCGUGAUCCUAUCGGAGACACUCCCUUGGAUGCCGAGUCUCAAGAAAAGGCAGCGCAGCUUCUUGGCGCCAAUCUCGGCAACAUCACUCUUUGCCCUAUCUCGCAAGAACCAGCAAAAGACCGACCUGACACCGACUAUUCCGUGAGAAGGCAGAUUCUGUCGCAAGAGACGACGCAAAAGCUCUUUAAGCUCUGCAAGAAGCAUGGGGUUACUGUGACGGCACUGUUGACGGCAUUACAAGCACUUGCACUCCUCAAAACCUUUCCUCCCGAAGAUGUGUCCCGAACCGUGGCGGCACCUAUCUGUGUGAGUAACAGGCUGCGUCAGACAUCUUUUGGUGGCAAUCAGGGCCAUUCAACUUCUUCGAAGGCCAGAUUGAGCGAGAUAUGUCAAGAGGCAGCCUAUAUCGGGCCCGUCAUGGCAACUACUUUCCUUGUGUCUCCCUUUGACGUGAGUCCAUAUCUCAAGAACCAUGACGCUUCUGUUAGGGAGGAUAAUUGGAGGCAGAUUGUUUGGGAAGUUGCCCGAAAUGUUGGUCGAGCGACAGAUGAGGCAGUCAAUAGCAACCUGAGUGAACAUGUGGAUUGGACUCAAGGCCCAGCUGCCUUUGGUGGUGUUGCGCACGCAAUGGAGGCGAUGAAAGCCGGUCUACUGCCUUCGUAA